UAGGCGCUGAAGUCGAAUAUCUAUAUCGACCGAAUCGCCGAAAAACAGGCGAAGGAAAUGCUUGUUGACAGUUGCUAUGGUAACAGACGCCACCGUCGCCGAAAAACGGGCGAAGGAAAUGCUUGUUGACAGUUGCUAUGGUUAGCUCCUCACUACGGAGUGUGUAACACUUUGCAACACCAAACCUGUCAUUGAAGGAGCUAUGGAUCUGGUGGACAAUCUCAUCGAAGACGACGCCGAGAGAGCGCGUCUGCUUUCCAAACCGACUUGCUUCCUUGUGGUUGGAAGGCCGGGCGUCGGAAAAUCCACCCUGGCCAAAAACAUCGCAGACACCUGGGGCUGCGUUUUAAUCGACGACACCGAGGUCCUGGACUCCCACAUCACAAGUCAAACAGAGGAUGGUGUUAAGCUCCUGCAUAUCUUAAAUGCGGGCAAAAGCGUCCCGGAAGACGUGGUUCUUGGCCUCAUACUGGACAUGUUGAGCUCCACCAAAGUGGAGCAUUACGGCUACGUGUUGAGCUGCCUGCCGUUCAUGUCGGAGGAGGGCGUCGGCGUGGACGAGCAGAUGGAAACCAUCAGGAAGCUCAAGCUCAAGCCGGACUUCAUCGUCAACAUCAAGUGUGCUGACGAGGACCUGGUCCAGAGGCUGGCCAGUCAGAAGCAGCACCCCAUGACAGGCCUUCUCUACAAUCAAGAUCAAUGGAAAGUGGACAAUGAGUUCCACGUCACGGGAUUCAUAGGAGAGGAAGGGGCGGAGGAGGAGGAUAAGGAAGACUCGCAGGAUGAGGACGAAGAGGAAGAAGAGCAAAGCGCCCCCAGGUGCACCAUCGACCAGCUGGUGUGGAUCCCCGAACGCCAGGCCAGAAACACUUCUUUUCGAAUCAACACGUACAAGGAGAAGAUCCUCAGGCCGCUGGAGGACUACAUGAUGGACCACAACCCCAUUUACCUGUUGGAAGUGGACGGAAGCGAGACCCCGGACGAGUUGCUCUUGUUUGUCCUGUCCCGUCUGGGAUCCAUGGCCAUCCAGCGCGUGUCCAUUCCGGUGGUCCUCCAUCAGGACGAAGAGCUGCCCGAAGACAUCGAAACGGAGGACCUCCUGAGGUUCAUGUCCUCCUCCAGGAUGCUGGUGCCGGGCUUCCGCUGGAGGAGGAGCCGCUGGGGGCGAAGUUGUCCGGUGGCCCUGAAGGAAGGACGGCUCGUCCCCGGAAAACCCAAAUUCUCCGUUGGCUUCCGGGACAAAAUGUACAUCCUUUCAUCGCAAGAAGCCUACGACAAGUUUGUCGGCAACCCCAGCCGCUACCUCCUCCCGCCCAUGCCCAGCCCGCCCUGCAGGGUGUGCAUCAUCGGAACGGCGGCGGCGGGGAGGCCCGAGCUCUCCGUCCUGAUGGGCGCCAGGCACAACGUGUCCGUGCUGGAGCUGGAGAAACUGGCCGAGCCCCUGCUGGCCGAACUGGAGACGGAGUGGCUGGCUAAAGUCAAAGAGGACAGCGUGCAGGCCGCCAUGGAGAAAAUCAGGACCAAGCAGCAGAACGAGCAGAGCUCCGAUGGAACCCCGGCCGUGGAAGUGACCGAGAGGCAUCCCGAAGUGGUGGCCCUGGUGCAAACGGCUCUGGAAGAGGCCAAAAAACAGGACGCCGCCAAGGAAAUCUACGCUCAAGCUCUGAUGAAGGUCGUCAAGGAAAACGAGGCUUGCCACCAAGGCUGGGUGCUGGACAACUUUCCCAGGAAUGCCUCGCAGUUGGAGGCUUUACAGCGCGCUGGGAUCCAUCCCAAUUUCCUCUUCUGCCUCAUGCACACCGAGGGCACUUUGCCAGAUCAGGGCGGCGCUCCGCAGACAGAGAGCGGCGAAGAUAAGGCCGAGCCCAAAGCGGAGAAGGAUCAGUUCACCAGACAAUGGGAAGCCCUGCAGCUCUCGCUCAGCAUCAGCCACUCGGUGCUGCAGACGGGCGGCAGGCACCCCGAGGAACUUCUGCAUGAGAUUGUCCAGCUGAUGGAGAAGCCCUUCAAGUAUUUGCCCAGAGAGUUCUCCGCCGUCGACUUGGACGAGGAAGCGGAAGAUAUCGAAGCCAUCGCAAAUCUGGAAGUGGACGACGACGGCGACGACUCCGCCAAGGACACGGCCGAGGAAGAGGAGGAAAAGGAGGAGGAGGAGGAGGAGGAGGGGGGCGACUCAGAAUCGCUGUCCGACGCCACUUCCAAGAGGGCUUUCGGCGACACCUUCAUCUUCUGCCCGGUGGUGCUGAAAAAGCACAACGCGCUGGUGCCCGGCACCGACGAGGUAUCGGCCAAGUAUCGUGAAAAGGUCUACUACUUCUCCAACGUGGAUGCCAGGGAGGUCUUCAUGCGCUCUCCCGAGCAGUUUGUAGGCCGAAGCCAGCUUCUCAAGCCUCCCGCCCUGCGCAUCUUUGUGCUGGGAUGCCGCGGCUCGGGCAAGACCACGCAAGGUGAGUGGCUGGCCGAGCAGCUGGGCCUCUUCCACAUUCAGUUCAGGGAACAUCUGCAAAGGCUUCUGGCGCCAAAGAUCAAGCAGCGGGUCAACCCCGCCGACGAGUCUACCGAGGAGCAUCUCAAGGCCUUGAAGACGGCCAUCGAGGACGCUCGAGGCGAGGAGCCCCCCGAGGAGGACGCGGGGCUGACCGAUGAGGAAAUCGGCAUCAAAGCCUACUUGGCCGAUGACGUUCCGUUGAGUUCGCAGGUCCUGGAGAAGAUUGUCAACCCCUACUGGAAAAAGGAGCCUUACUUGUCCACGGGUUUCAUCCUGGAGGAUUUCCCACACAACACCGAGGAGGUGCAGCACAUGAUCCAGCAUCAUCUUUAUCCCGACGCCGUGGUCACCUUGAUGGCAGGCGUGGAGGACAUCCAGGCGCGCCUCUUGCCCAAAUUCUGGAGCAGGCGGCGAGCUCACUGCCAGCGGCGCGAAGCUAUGCUCGACGACCUCCGCCAAAUACACACCAAGGCCCGGGAGGAGAACAUGACCAAGAGGAGGGCCGAGCUCAUGGAGGAGAAAGCCGCCUCUUCCACGGCCAAAUUUAGUUGCCGGGCGGAAGACGAGGACGACGAAGACUCUGCCAACAUCGAGGACGAGAUCGAGGCCAUUUUGGAGGAGGAGUACCCGGUGGAAAGGUACGACGAGUUCAAGGACGACGACGAAGCCGAGGAGGCCACCACCGAGAGGCUCAAGACGGAAAUUGAAGAGCGUUACGUGGCCGACUCAAACAACAUGGCUAUCGUGCUGGAGGUUCUGAGCGAACUGAAAAUUCCCCGGAUAUCCAUCAACGCCUCCCGCAAGACGCCCGUCGUCCGGCGCCAGCUGCUCCUGAAAGUGGAGCCGCUGCAGCUCAACCGCGAGUCGCUCUUCCAAAAAUGCCAGGCCAUCUCGUACCGUCUGGCACAGCGGCUCCUGCUUUACUCGUACAAGUUCCACAGCGCCUUUGGCUGCACGGACCCCGUCAAGCGGUACGGCGAAAGGGAGCUGAUCCAGCCCGUGCUGUGGCCUCUGGAAACGGCCUUUCCCGUGCUCUUCAACCAAUACAUCUACUUCUUCGGCUCCAAGAAGAACCAGCAAACGUUCAUGCUCAACCCCUUGAAGUACCUCAGGCAGUCAAAGCCCUACCCCAUGCUCUCUGUCAAAAUGGCCGUGGUCGGACCUCCUAAAUCGGGCAAAACCAGUGUGGCCACCAUGUUUGCGCAGAGAUACGGUCUGGACCUGUUGUCCAUCGGUGGCGUCAUGCGCCGCAUUCUUGAGGAGCAGGAGCACAGCGACCUGGCGGUGCAGAUGAAGCUGCAUCUCAACCGGGGCCUGGUGGUGCCUGAUGAACUGGCCAUCCGGUGCCUGAAGAAGGUGCUCAUGAGCUUGGUCUGCAGUACGCAAGGGUACGUACUGGACGGCUUUCCCAUGACCAUGAAGCAAGCGGAACUGAUGCAGGCCAACAGCAUCAUCCCCAUGAUGGUGGUGGAGAUGGAGCUGGAUACGGUGGAGGUGCUCAAGCGAGGCCUGGCCAGCAAGAUGGAGGAGAACAAGCCUCACCUGAUGCACGACAGCGCCGAGAUCCUCCACAUUCGCAACACGUGCUACCGGCGGGAAGCCGAGCUGAUGAGCCGCCACUUCCGCCGGCAGUACGACAACUGGAUCCCGACGGACGGCCUCAAGAGCAAGUGGUACAUCUGGGAGCGCCUGAUCAAGGAGAUUAGCGUCAGCAUGGAGCACGUCCACACCUACCUGAGGAGAACCAGAAGCGGUCAAGCGGGCUGGAUCAACAGGCAAUGCGUCACGCCGCAAGAGUUUCAGCGUCGAAUCGGAGAGUUUGCCCACUACUGCCCGGUGUGCCUGGCUCUGCGGGACCACCUGGUGGACUGCUCAGAAACUCCAUCGCUCACGUACGCCGCCGAAUACAACAGGCGAUAUUUCAAGAUGUGCGACGCCGAGCAUUUGGAGAUCUUCCUGGCCAGUCCGGAUGAAUUUGUCAGCCCCCGCUGCCCGCGCCCCCUUCCGCAAGCAGACCGGCUUCCGAGGAAGCUAACGGAGGCGGAGGUGAAGAACACAUUCCCUCAGCAAAUUGAGAUGAAAGGCUUCUGCCCCGUCACCUAUCUGGACGGCAAACUGAGGUACGAAGCCCUGGUGCACGGCAGCUUGGAAUUUGCGCUGGAAUACAGAGAGCGGCUCUACACUUGUGAGACCAAGGAGAAGCAGUACAGGUUUUUGAGCGCUCCGGAACUCUACUGGGACCUCAAGCUGCCCAGUAAGGUUCCCCCUCUUUGCCAGCCCAUCCCACUCACCUCCCUGCCCACGCUGGGCUACCUGGAGCAGGGUGUGGCGGUGGGGGUCAUCAAGGCCAUGACGGCGGUGGGGUGCCUGAAGCCCAAGUUUCCCUUCUUCAGUAUGGAACGCUCGGCUCUCCACUACCUGGCCUUCUACAUGAAAGCAUUCAACCACAGAAGCACGGAACACAUUCGGCAGAUGUACAAGAAGAAGUUGGCCUGCUUUGAGGAGAACUGCGACCUCAUUCCCUACCUGAGCUCGGUGAUGAGAGCCAACUACAAGUUCCACAGCAAACGGCCCGUGGACUUUGACUUGAAGCUGAAAAAGUUUCUGGCCUUGAGACUGGUGGCCCAGAGCCAAGCGCCGUCUACAAAUCCAGCCUUGUGAUUGAUCAAUGUGCUUAUGAACACAAGAAUAAAGGAAAUUGACACGUA